UACGUAUACAUAUGUCAUCCGACGACUGCCAAGAGCUGGUGCACCCGACCCCGGGUCUGGAGGACCACUAUCGCCCUGUUUUUGACAGCAUUUCUCACACAAUUGAGUCGUUUCUUUGACUCGAAGUACGAGUCGACGGAAUUCGAGUGGAAUGGGGGCCGGGAGUGGGCCUGCAGUCGAGACAUCGCCGACUGGGUCGAGGGCAUAGUCGGCGCUAAUAUCUAUUUUCCCAUUUAUUAUGGCUUUCGCAUACUAUUCGUGAACGUCGGCCCGUGUCUGGCGUUAGUGGUUCUCAAUCUUCUACUGUUUCGAGCGCUCAAGAACGCGCAGAAGAAAAGGAAAAUCCUAUUCAAAGACAAGAAAACCUGUGAGUCUAAGAAGAUAAGGGACUCCAACUCCACCACAUAUAUGCUGAUCGUUGUGGUGACAGUGUUUCUGAUGGUGGAGAUCCCGAUGGCUGUGGCCACUCUCAUACACAUAUUGGCCAAUAUGUCGAUCAUAUCGUUCGCCAACGAGAGCUACAAAUAUCUGAAGAUCACGAUUCUUGUGUCCAAUUUCAUCAUUAUGUUGAGCUUUCCCCUCAAUUUUGCCAUUUAUUGCGGAAUGUCAGCCAAGUUUCGCAUCACAUUCAAUGAGUUGGUUAUCAAAAGGUUUCGCACCAAUCGACAGGCCUCGGAGCCCAACCAUUACACACACGUCAAUAGUCAGCGACUGGCGAUUCUGUGGGCUCACAGCCCCUACAUCUUUUUUAAAUGC